GCUGUGCGCGGUGUUCUGAGAGAAGGCGGUGGCAGGGUACAGGCUGCGCAGGGACGGCGGGUUCGGGUCUAGGGUGGACGCCGCGGGCUGGAGCGAGGCAGCCAGAAAACAAGUCCCGGCCUGUUUUCAGGACCGGACAGCAGCCGGCGGGGCCGAGCCUGGGGUGCGCGGCCUGGAGGACAGUGGCCGGGGCUGAGCAAGUGUCCGGUCGCGGCGCGCCAGAUGAUGGAUCUGGAUGUUCUUCUGUGAAGCAAUGCCACAUGGUCCAAAAGCAAAUAUGUAUGGGCUACUGCCAUCAUAGGAAUCGGCCUAGAGACGGCUCUGCUUUGGGGAAUCAGGUGAGGUGUGACCGAGGAACCAGAAGCACACCCUCACUAAUGACAUCAUGACAGCAAGAGAACACAGCCCCCGCCAUGGCGCCAGGGCCCGUGCAAUGCAGCGGGCUUCCACCAUUGAUGUUGCGGCUGACAUGGUGGGCCUCUCUUUGGCAGGAAAUAUCCAAGACCCAGAUGAGCCCAUUUUAGAAUUCAGCUUAGCUUGUAGUGAGCUGCACACUCCAUCGCUAGAUCGAAAACCAAAUAGUUUUGUGGCUGUGAGUGUCACCACGCCUCCGCAGGCAUUCUGGACGAAGCACGCGCAGACGGAGAUCAUCGAGGGAACCAACAACCCUAUCUUCCUAAGCAGCAUUGCCUUCUUUCAAGACUCCCUUAUCAAUCAGAUGACCCAGAUCAAGCUGUCUGUCUAUGAUGUCAAAGACAGAUCUCAGGGAACAAUGUACUUACUGGGCUCUGGAACAUUUGUGGUCAAAGAUCUGCUCCAGGACAGGCAUCACAGAUUGCAUCUGACACUGAGGUCUGCAGAGAGUGAUCGAGUCGGGAACAUAACCGUGAUUGGCUGGCAGAUGGAGGAGAAGUCAGACCAGCAGCCCCCGGUUACCCGGUCUAUGGACACUGUCAAUGGAAGGAUGGUUCUGCCUGUUGACGAGAGCUUGACCGAGGCCUUGGGAAUCCGAUCCAAAUAUGCUUCUUUGAGAAAAGACAGCUUACUGAAAGCGGUGUUUGGUGGUGCCAUCUGCCGCAUGUACCGCUUCCCAACCACCGAUGGCAACCACCUACGGAUCCUGGAGCAGAUGGCAGAGAGCGUCCUCUCCCUGCAUGUGCCUCGGCAGUUUGUGAAGCUACUGCUGGAAGAAGAUGCAGCCAGAGUAUGUGAGUUGGAAGAGUUGGGGGAGCUGUCCCCUUGCUGGGAGAGCCUCCGGCGCCAGAUUGUCACCCAGUAUCAGACCAUCAUCCUCACCUACCAGGAGAAUCUGACUGACCUCCAUCAGUACAAAGGCCCUUCCUUUAAAGCAAGCAGUUUGAAAGCAGAUAAAAAGCUAGAAUUUGUUCCCACGAACCUGCACAUACAGCGGAUGCGCGUUCAAGACGACGGAGGCUCAGAUCAGAACUACGAUGUCGUCACUAUUGGAGCCCCAGCAGCACACUGCCAAGGUUUUAAGUCAGGAGGUCUUCGAAAAAAGCUGCACAAGUUUGAAGAGGCCAAGAAGCAUACAUCUUCUAGCUGCCAGUCCGUAAUCUACAUACCACAGGACAUCAUCCGAGCCAAGGAGAUCAUCGCCCAGAUCAACACCCUGAAAACCCAAGUUAGCUACUACGCAGAACGGCUCUCAAGGGCUGCGAAGGACAGGUCUGCCACUGGCCUUGAGAGGACUCUCGCCAUCUUGGCAGACAAGACUCGGCAGUUGGUGACUGUCUGUGACUGUAAGCUGCUGGCCAACUCCAUCCAUGGGCUGAAUGCAGCCCGGCCCGACUACAUCGCUUCCAAGGCCUCCCCUACCUCGGCUGAGGAGGAGCAGGUGAUGCUGCGGAAUGACCAGGACACCCUCAUGGCCAGGUGGGCAGGGAGGAGCAGCCGGUCUUCCCUGCAGGUGGACUGGCAUGAAGAAGAGUGGGAGAAGGUGUGGCUGAAUGUCGACAAGAGCUUGGAGUGCAUCAUCCAGCGGGUGGACAAGCUGCUGCAGAAGGAGCGUCUGCACGGGGAGGGUUGCGACGACGUCUUCCCCUCUUCAAGCACCUGCUCCAGCAAGAAAGGUAACCGCGACAGCCAAGCCUACUGGAUCAGGCCGGAGGAGCCCUUCUGUGACGCCCCCUCCUCGACAUGCCCCUCCUCCAUGCCCACUGCUGCAUGCCAUCCUCACUCAAGCACACAUUGCAGCCCCCCUCCUGAAGAGUCAAGCCCAGGUGAGUGGAGCGAGGCCCUUUACCCUCUGCUGACCACCCUCACAGACUGUGUGGCCAUGAUGAGUGACAAGGCUAAGGCGGCCAUGGUCUUCCUGCUCAUGCAGGACAGUGCCCCCACCAUCGCCUCAUACCUCAGCCUGCAGUAUCGCCGUGACGUCGUCUUCUGCCAAACCCUGACAGCCCUCAUCUGCGGCUUUAUCAUCAAGCUGAGGAACUGCCUGCACGACGGUGGCUUCCUGCGGCAGCUCUAUACCAUCGGGCUUCUGGCCCAGUUUGAGAGCCUGUUGAGCACCUAUGGAGAGGAGUUGGCCAUGUUGGAGGACAUGAGUCUUGGGAUCAUGGACCUGAGGAAUGUGACCUUUAAAGUCACUCAGGCCACUUCGAAUGCGUCAAGUGAUAUGCUGCCGGUCAUCACAGGAAACCGGGAUGGCUUCAACGUGCGGAUCCCUCUGCCAGGCCCUCUGUUUGACUCCCUCCCCCGAGAGAUCCAGAGUGGGAUGCUGCUGCGGGUGCAGCCUGUCCUCUUCAACGUGGGCAUCAAUGAGCAACAGACCCUGGCCGAGAGGUUUGGAGAUACAUCCUUACAAGAAGUUAUCAACGUGGAGAGCUUGGUGCGGUUAAAUUCCUACUUUGAGCAGUUUAAGGAGGUUUUGCCGGAGGACUGUCUUCCUCGAUCUCGGAGUCAGACCUGCCUUCCAGAGCUGCUGAGGUUUCUAGGACAGAACGUCCAUGCACGCAAGAACAAGAAUGUGGACAUCCUCUGGCAAGCUGCCGAGGUCUGUCGCCGCCUUAAUGGGGUCCGAUUCACCAGCUGCAAGAGUGCCAAGGACCGCACCGCCAUGUCGGUGACUCUGGAACAGUGUCUGAUCCUGCAGCACGAGCACGGCAUGGCCCCGCAGGUCUUCACACAAGCCCUGGAGUGCAUGCGCAGUGAGGGUUGUCGGCGAGAAAACACAAUGAAGAAUGUUGGAAGUCGCAAAUAUGCAUUUAACUCCCUGCAGCUGAAGGCCUUCCCCAAGCAUUACAGGCCUCCAGAAGGGACUUACGGAAAAGUUGAGACAUGAACACACGGUUUCCUCUAAUUAGAUCUUACGUAAUCAAUGUGGGUCCCUGUAGUGUCACAUACGAUUCUUCAAGAAGACCUGAAGGAUUGGUUUUUAUUUUUGUGCUUUUAAAGACAUGUCACUGAAGAGUCUAUGGAGCAUGAUUUUGUGCUGGAAUCUGUAGGGUCACGUGUGAGUCAGUAGUGUGGAUAGUAACAGCUGCUCUCAACAACAGCUUUUGGGCUGUCACUAUACCAUUCAUGUCAUAGUUCCUAGAUGCCAGCUGGGUCUGCCUAAACUCCAGCAGACAUUUUCAAAUAUCCACUUAGGUCCUGCUCCCCCGGUUUCUUUUUCUAUUCAGUAACUCACAAGUGAGCAUUGACUUAAAUUCUACUUUCAAAAAGAUUGAAUAUAAAACAGGAAGUACCUACCCCCUUAUACUUCAGGUUCCUGGUAGAUCAGUAGAUGCUAACUCAGCUUGGGGAAAGACCCUCCAGGUUAUGAGAGGCUGGUCCUAGUGUCCCUGAAAGGCCACAUGCUCUGUAAAGCUAAAGUGGGAGGAAAGCUUGGUUGGACACACCAGGAGCUCACACACCCGGCCACACUGACCUGCCUUUCACAGUCAUAGAUGAAUGCUUGCUUAAGAUGUAAAGCCAGCUGAGAGGUCCCUGGACUCUGCCCCCCCCCCAGUCCCCCCGCGUAUGCUCCCUUGUAUGUUUAGCUCUACCCGACAGGGUGUAUCUCCCUUUGUUCUCUGGCAAUCAGGACCUUCAAUGUGGCUUGUCAGGUGUCUGGGAAACAAGUCUCCAGACAGGGAUUUAAGGCCAGAGAGACAGUAGAAACUUAGAUAUUUUCAGAAUAAAUGUACUUCUGGGAGCUUUCUAAUAAUCUUCCAGAAGACUGAAAGUCAUGUUUGAAUGUCUAGAGAAAGUGUCUUAGUUUCUGGUUUGCAAUCAUGGUGAACAGUCUCCCCUCUGUUUCAUGGCUCUGGAGAAACAGUUAAAACUGUCCCCUCCCUUGAGAGUCUGAGUGGAGAGGAUGGGACAGGAUGAGAGGGAUUUCACAGACAGUUUGCUCUGCUCAUCUUUACGAGGUGAUGAUGAGUCUUAGCUGCACGUGGCAGAUUGUUUUUCUUAGAGAUUUAUAUGUUUUAUAAGUUCUGUUCAUCGUAAUUCUGUUUACAUGUUAUUUAAAAGGCUGUAAAAAUGAAGUGUGUCUGGACUAUAGUCAUGACACUGAUAAAAUGAUCACCGCGCCCACCGUGGGAUGCUUGGAGAAGCCUAGCUCCUUUUCGUUUGGCUCCUUUAGAAACAGGUAACAGCUGGAUCUGAGACAUUUGAGGCUUAGACGGGACCACUCUUGGGGAGACAGGGAGGGUGCAGGCAUCCCAGUGUGCAGACAGUGGCCUCCAGUCUCCAGGUGCCUGCUGGGAGGAGGUUGUGCUCUGCUAAGGGGUGGUGUGGCUCACUGCCAGGCAGGGCACUGUGGAAGGUGAAUGACCAGAAGUUCUCUUCACCCACC